AUGCAAACGCUCUGGACCCGGACGCUGCGCACGCGAUACUCAUGCCGCUGCCGCCAAUGCGCCUCCUACUCGACCAUAGUCGCCCGGCGCGCCGCGACGGCCGUGGCCACCGCCUCGAGGUCCGCCGCCGGCUCCCGUCUGCCCGCCCUGCCCAGCUCCACCAUCCUCUACUCGGCUAUUUUCGCCGUCGCCGCCGUCGCCGACGGCCACGCCAAGCAGCAGCGCAGGGACCAGUGGAACGCCGCUAUCCAGAAUGCAAAGGACCAGCUAAAGGCCCCUCAUGACGAGCUUGGGGAACUGGAUGAGGCCGGCGAGCCAUCGGCCAAUGAAGAGCAACGGGAUACAAGACCAUUGGAGCCGGAUGUUGGCCACGAGGCCUUGGACGAGGGCAGUAAUGUUUCGGACCAAGGAGGCCUUGAUUAUAUCGACUGGGGCGGCUCGACGUUGUGGGACGACGCGCAGGAAUACACCAUGGAGAGCUCGACGAGGCCGCCAUGGCCGGUGAAUUUUGGCCCAGAGUUGGUGCCCGAACACCUGCCCCCGCAGUCCAUAUACGCGCCGAACCUCAGCAAGCUCCAAGGUCUUCGCAGCCUUUGGACGCGCCGCAAGAUGCAGACUAUGAACUUGUGCACGGCCAAGAUGGCGACUGACCUCAUGAUGGAGGCCAAGCUGUUCAAGCUCCCGGGUACGACGGUGCCGCGCGUGCCGCUCGAGCAGCUUCCCCCGAGCUUGCAUCCCAUAGCCAAGCUGGAUGUAUGCCAGUUGCGAGACAAGUUAUUUCGCAUCAACCAAAGGCUCCAUGACACAAAAGCACUGCAUAGGGACCAUCAACAUCUAAUUCCUGAAUUCGAGCCCGUGUUUGGCAGCUACCCCUCCUACCAGCAAGACGACGCCGGUGAGUUCCACUACAAGCUGCACAGGAUGAACAAGACCAUCUUCCGUCUCUUCGACGCCUGUGCCCAGGGCGAAAUCCAGCUCGAAACCCUCAUAGUCGACGUCUUGAACAAGAUCCUCACCUGCAGCGCCCCGCCCAACAUCACCACCUUCAACGCCUUGCUGCUGGGCUUUAUGCGCCUGAAGCAGCCCAGAAUGUCCAAUGUAGUCAUCAAAGCUAUGCACGUGACGCAUAUGCGGCCAGACGAGAUCACUUGCUCGGCCAUCCUCAGGCACCAUAUCGCGCUCGGCCAACCGCAGCACUUCACCCGCUUCCUGGACCGCAUGCUCGGGCGCGGCGCGGCGUCAACGGCGCUGAUGCUGGCGCGGCCCAACCUGCACCCGAACAACUUCGCGCGGCAGGUCGGGCGCGUCGUACCGCACGCGUACGACUCGGAGAAGCUGGUGCAAAAGGUGUUUCCGACGCCGCAGGUGUUCAACGCCGUGGUGACGGGCUCGCUCAAGUUCACGGGCCUGGACCGCGCCAUCGACAUCUGCGCGGACCUGGCGCUCGAGGGCUGGGGCCUCGACGAGGCCGGCCUGGCCCUCUUCCUCGGCGCCGCCGCCGAGCAGAAGAACUGGGAGGCCGGCAGCGCCGUGUGGCAGCAGAUGCAGCUGCUGCGGGGGAUGCUGCCGGCGGGGGCGCGGCUCGACUCGCGCACGUACCUCAAGAUGUUGGGGCUGUGCUGGCAGUGCGGGCACGAAGACGACUUCGCCGCCGUCUUCAACGAGGCCGCGACGGUGGGGUACCGCAAGCAGGCGCUGCUC